AUGGAGAUUCAUUUCCAGCAGAAUGAUACUACAAGUGCUCCAAUGGUGAGCAAAACAAGCAAAGGCAGGGGAAGAAGCAGAGUUAUGAACUGCAACACUGACAGCAAUAACAAGUUUGUUGGAGUCAGGCAGAGGCCAUCAGGGAGAUGGGUGGCUGAGAUAAAGGACACAACUAAGAAGAUCAGGAUGUGGCUAGGCACAUUCGAGACAGCCGAGGAAGCUGCAAGAGCUUACGACGAAGCUGCCACCCUUCUCCGUGGCUCAAAUACUCGUACCAAUUUCAUCACUCAUGUCUCCUUUGACUCCCCACUUGCUUCCAGGAUCAGAAACCUGCUGGAAAAGAAGAAAUCCAAGAAGCUUCAGGCGCAAGAAAGUCCUCUUCUUGCUCAAUUACCCACCACCACCCCCACCAAACCCUUACCACCACUUCCACCACCUACAACAACCAGCACCAGCAGCAUAACAACAAGCAGCAGCUGCAGCAUGAGUGAUGACAAUUCGAGCAGUAGCGAGGCAGUGAUUCCUGAUACGAGGUUGUUUGAUGAUGUGUACAAGCCCGAUUUGAGCACCUGCAAUGGGGGGUUGCAGCUUGAUUCGACUUCUCCUCCUUCUGAUCUAAUGUCAUGGAGCUUUGCCCCUGAUCAUCACAAUGGAUAUGAUCACAGCAGGUUUCAAUUUACAGCUUCCAAUGAAAUUGAUUUGGAGUUUCCCAGGAACCAGAACUGCAGCAGUACAGCAGCAGCAGCAUUUGGGACAAGUGAUCAUGAGCAGCUGCAGUUCUCCGAGUUCGAUCGGAUGAAAGUGGAGAGACAGAUUUCAGCCUCUUUAUAUGCAAUUAGUGGUGUUCAUGAGUACAUGGAAACUAUGAGAGACCCAAGUGAUGGUUUAUGGGAUCUCCCUCCAUUGUUCUGCUAA